AACCCAUUUCAUGUAUACGAUAUUUCCGAUAAAUUAAUCUAUUAAAUUAAUUUUUGCUUUGAAUUUUGGAGAAAUGUUUUCUCUACUGAAAUCUGUGUUCGACAAACUGAAUUUCGUUUUUGCCAUGCAGCUGUUUGAUGAAAUAUUUGACUGAAAGCAGAGUUCCAUAAUUAUCACUUCCGCACACUAAUUUUUUUUUCUUGUUUUUUUGGUUUUUUUUUUCCCAUUUAAGAAGGCGUUUAAAAGACCAUUUAUGAAACUUAUUUGAACUUAUAGAAAUAGCUAAUAAUUUCAGUUUCUUUUGAUGUGUUCUUUUUUUAGGCAAGUUUGUUAAAAUAAGCUGUUCUUAAAUUAUUGCAAUGGUGAAAUUUAUCAAAAUAAACUUUUUUUAUUUAAUUUUUAGUAAGUUUUUAAUGCUAGUUGUUUGGGUAGGUCUGAAUGGCAAGUGAGGAUGAUGCAGUGAAGAAGGCACUGAUAGUGGAUGCUCGGGCAAGAAACAUCAGUCACAAUGUGAGGUGCACAGAAUGUGGCAGUCAAUCCAUUGAAGAUUCUCAAGCAGACAUUGCAAUUUUGCUUAGGAAGUUAAUUCGUGAUGAAAUUCGGGCUGGAAAGACUGACAAAGAGAUCUACAAAAAGCUUGAGGAUGAUUUUGGAGAGACUGUACUCUAUACGCCUAAAUUUGAUAUGCAGACAGCAGCUUUGUGGCUAUCACCGCUCCUAGUUGCAGGUGCAGCUGCAGGAGUAUGGGCAUACAAGAAGCAUAAGCAAAAGACUAAUGUCCAUAUCAUGGCUUUGAACCUUGUAAGAGGUGUUCCAUUGACCCCAACAGAGAAGGAAACAAUGCUUGACAUUCUUACUCCACCUCCUUCACAGGGAGCUAGGACUUCCUUCUGGUGGAGGAGAUGGCAAGAUAACACUGAACUGGGUCGUGAUAUAUCAACUUGCCUUCCAACAUGAGAUGAUGAGAUAAUUGGAGAUCGAGUAAAAUCUCAUAUGAAUCGA